AUGGGCUGCGGACCUUCCCAGCCUGCUGAGGACCAGAGGUUCGUCCCCGCGCCCAGGAAGGGCUGGGACGAGGGAUUCAAGGCUGAUGUGGGUGAGGCUCAUUCCAGAGAGGAUCGCAGACCCUCUGCGCAGACCCUCUGUGAGGCCACCCUGCGCAAGGACACUGUGGGCAGCCCCGAAGAGGUGGAAAAACAGGGCCGGUGGGAAAGCUUACCCGGCACCAUUCCAGAAAGUUCCCCAUCUCCUAGUGGAAGAAACAGAAGAAUACAUUUCGACUUAGCGACCAGUGGAUUAAUCCAUAAACCGCAACCCCUAGAGAGUCGAGAGCGACAAAAGUCAUCAGACAUCCUGGAGGAAUUAAUUUUUCAAGGAAUAAUACAAAGCCAUAGCAAAGUAUCUAGAAAUGGAGAAUCAUACGAUGUCAUGGAGAGCACGCCUGAGAAGCUGCUGAGGCCACCAGCCAGGCUGAAGAAACUUAAGCUCGAAAAGGAGGGAAACGCUCUCACCCUAGAGGACGUGGAGGAGACGACGCGGGCGGCGGCAGAGCGCAGGAAGACAAAAGAAGAAGAACUAAGAAACAGGCUACGGAGCUACGGACUUUCGCCCCCAGCCAAUCACUCAGAUGCAGCUGACCCGGGUGGGGCUGAGGUUCCCUUUGCCAAAGGACUUAACCCUGUGAAUUCCGCUGUGUUUGAACCCUGGGAGCUGCAGGGAGGAAAGCCACUGAAAAGGAAGAAGAGCAAAAGUGACUUGACCUCAAAUGAUAGAAACUACAGUUAUGAAGGUAUUGGUGUCGUGGAAUCAGACAUGUCCUACAACCAAGAAGAUGACAUAUUCUAA